UCCAGUUUUCACCGUAGGCUACAAACUGAUGGAAAGUCGAUAGACGAGGCGUGAUCUCUUAUUUCUAGUGCGACAUUGUACAUUUAGACCAUGAAUUCUGGGCAGAUUCGGUAGUUUAACUUCCAACUUAACUCAACAUGUAAGUGCGGCUGGUACCCAGUCGUACCCGACAGUUCAUCUGGUGGUGUUUAAACUGUUACCAACAUGAUUCCCCCAGCGAACAUGAUUCAGGAAGACACUACGAGCAAGGAGAACGAAAGGGAGCAGCGUGAGCCUCAGUCACCCACAUCCAUCAGCCAGCAGGAGUCAAAGUUGCAGAGGUUAAAGCGUUCCAUGUCCUUCAAGACCAAAAGUCUUCGCAGCAAAAGUGCUGAUCAUUUUUUCCUGCGGCCUAUCGAGGAUGUGAAGUUUCAAAGCGACCUGCUCUCUGAUGUCAGCAGCAGCACUGGUCACCUGACCACAUUUGAUGUGUCCAUCUCCACCCCUCCAGUGAUGUCCCUUCCUCCUCCUCCUCCCCCUCCACUGCCCCCUGUGAUCCCGGGCAACCUGCCCAUCACAAUCUGUUCUCCAUCCCGUGCGCCCCGCCAGACAGACCCCAACGCACACACCUUCCUAGAGCACAUCUUCAAGAAGCCCCAAUUCUGCGAUGUCUGCAACCACAUGAUUGUUGCUUGCCAAGGGGGAGCGGGCAAGGUGUUUGGCACCAAUGCUAAGCUGGGCCUCCGGUGCAAAGCCUGCAAGAUGGGCAUCCAUCACAAGUGCCUGGAUGGAGUUGGACAGCAGAGAUGCGUGGGGAAACUGCCCAAAGGUUUUCGAAGAUAUUCUAGCUCCCCUCUGCUAAUUCAGGAACAAUUUGGUUGCAUCAGGGAGGUUAUGCCCAUUGCCUGUGGCAGUAAAGUUGACCCAGUAUAUGAAACACUGAGGUUUGGAACCUCUUUGGCACAAAUAAAUAAGCGGACCUGUGGAUCGGAGUCACCACUGAGAAACUCGACCAGUGAUGUAGCUCAGGUACCAGAAGUGAAGGCCACCCAAAGCAGUCGAGCUCAACUCAUCAGGAAAUCCAGUGACAAUGUUUUUAUGCCUUUGGAGAACGGAAUAGAACAUUUUCAUUUUGCUGAGAGGAAAUCAGAAGGCUCGCCGUCAAACAGAGAGUUGAAGAAGGAUCCCCUGCUUCUCAAAACUUAUGUGGCUUUGUUCAGAUUUUUCCCCCAAGACAGCCAAGACCUGGAAAUGAGACCCGGAGAUCGAAUAAUCCUGGCAGAUGAUUCCAAUGAUGAUUGGUGGAAGGGUGUGAUCGAAGAUAGAAUAGGUUUUUUCCCAGCUUCCUUUGCGCAUCAGGUGAAGACAGGCGACAGGGUGUUCAGAUGUAAUCGAACUUUUAUUGGCUGUAAGGAGCAAGGGCAGAUGACCCUGAAAGAGGGCCAGAUUUGUGUCAGCAGUGAGGAUGAACACAAUGGCUUCAUCAGAGUAGCCAGUGGGAAAAAGAGAGGAUUUGUGCCCUGUGAUGUCCUGGAGAAUAUAUAUGAAGUAAAAGAUCAGAAAGAAGAAAAGUGAGUUGUAAAAGUGGAUGAGAUGGUUAGGUAAUAAACACAAAUAUGACUGUGACUAUUUGAAUGAACUAUAAGGCCAUCUGAAAGUACAGAGAUCAUCUGUGUAUUGUAAGUAGUCACUAUAAAGGAGUCUCAGGAGGGAUCAGAACACUCCUGUCUUCAUCAGUGACAAAAGUAAGACAGAUGUGUGUCUCUGUAUUAACUGAUGAAUGUAUGUGUUGUUAUAUUUUUUGCUCGUUUUCUGAUUUAUAAUUAUCUCUCCUUUCAAACAGGGAUAGAAAAAAGUAUUUAAACAUCGAAAACAUUACACACUUCACCUUUAAAGUAACAUGCUUUAUGCUAUGAGUAUUUCCUCAACAUUCAUUAGAUGUCUAAUGCUUUUCAUAUAAUAUGUUUGGUUUAGCCAUUUUAUUUUUCAAUGGCAAGAUAAUUUGUAUUCAUUUUUUGCUGCUGUCAGUAACACACAUUAUUAAAAUUUGAGAGUUGUGUUGUUUAAUCUGCACUUCCAAAUCGCUGUUAUCCACCUGUGCUUUAUGAAAGUAUAGCUGACUGUGAUGAAAAGGGAACAAAAGCUUUCUAAUGAAAAAAAUGUCAGAGAAAAACAUUCUGAACAAACUCAUCCUUGGGUAUAAUAACAAUGAUGAUUUAAGGAGAAUAAAAGAACAUGUCGGAUCUGUAAGAAAGAUCUCUUCGUGUUUUAAAUGUACUAUUGUGCGCAGCUAUCUUAUUUCUCAAACCAACGAUAUAUGUGCUACAUAUCAUCUGUACUGAAUAUCUCUUAUGAUUAAGUAAACACAAUCUGUCACAAUUCCCUAUCUGUCACUCACUCGACGUUGUGUCGAUGAGUGGAUACUAGGGGUCACUCCUGCGGAGCCCAGACAACUCUGAUCUUGAGAAAAGGACAAGGGAAAUUGCCGUGUGGAAUUUGCAUGCCACUCCCCCGGACAUACGGGUAUAAAAGGAGUGACGCUGCAAACACACAUAAGAUAUCUUUGAUUUCAGAUUUCUUCGAAGCCGAGCAAGUCACAGAGCUGAAUUCCUCUGCCGCCUCCAUUCAUCUCUACACGCUGUUGGAUCUACGGCGCUUUCCAGCGGUCCUCCAAUAUAUAUAUAUAUACACACAAGAAGAGUUAUAUUUUCUCUGAAAGAGUGGCGCAAACAGAAAGCGUCUUUUUCAAGAUGCCUUUUCGUUUGUGUUUAUUUCCAGGUUGCGGUCGAUGUCUCUACCUGUCUGAUGGCCAUGAUCGCUGCCAUUCGUGUCUGGGUGCCACCCACGCCGAGUCAGCAUUCGUGGAUGGUUCAUAUCCUCACUGCGAGGACAUGACCAUGGCUACGUUGGGGUCGCGGCUAGCCCUUGUAAGAGCGCAAGCCACCCCAGCGGCUCCCUGACUUGGUACUUCUACCUACGGGUAUGAGGUGGGGUCGGUUAGCACUGGGGGCAAUAUGGGGACCUCAGUGGGAGCCUCUCCGCCGGGUAUUUCCCCACGGACCUCCCACUCCCCGUCACGCUUGUAUGCUCCAACCGAGCGCUGGGGCGAGGUUGCCAGUUUGUUUCAUAGCAGACCUGCGAUCUCGUACGGGGAGUCUUGACGAUGAUAAGCUAUCGAUCGUGGCAUCGGAGAGCAGGUUAUGCUUGCCCGGGCAGCCGCAGGUGUCGGGCUGGAGCGGAAUGGUUCGGGGUGGGGGGGGGAUUUCACUCCAGCCCGACACUCACGGCUCGACGAUUAGUUCCUGGGGCCAGAGCGCCACUCACGGCCACGCUCCUCCCCGUUCCUUUCUUCCCGGAGGUGCAUGAUGAGCUCACGCGCUCAUGGCAGGCACCUUUCACUGCCCGCACGUGAUCCGUGAGCUCCUCCGCUCUCACUACCCUCGAUGUCGGGGUGGCAAAGGGCUACUUGGCGAUUCCUCAGGUGGAUCAAGCAGUUGCGGUGCCCUUAUGCCCGCAAAGCGCCUCCACCUGGCGGAACCGUCCGAGGCACCCAUCCAGGGCCUGUAGGCUGACGUCGUCCCUGACGGCUAAGGUCUACAGCGCCGCUGGACACGCCGUCUCCACCUUGCAUGCCAUGGCACUCAUGGCACCAAGCCAAGGCACUCAGAGAACUACACGAGGAUAGUCCUGACCUGGGUCUAAUGCAGGAGCUACGCUCGGCGACCGAUUUCGCCCUCUGGGCAACGAAGGUCACGGCGCGGGCUCUCGGGCAGCCGUUGGAGACUUUGCCCAGCAGUUCUCAACGGUGAGGAAGCAGACAGAGGCUAUACAGCACAUCCUGCCCAGGCGGAGCCACAGACCCCGCACUCCGUCUGCUUGUUGCCCAGGGUGUCCUCCUGCGGUGCCAACACCGACACCAGCCCCGCCACAGCCCGUCCCGACGUGGAGCUACCCGCAGGACUGCGACGCCACCCGCCUCACGGCCGGCCGCCAAGAACCCCAAGAGGCUUCAAAGUGCCCCUGAGAUGGGCAGCCCCAGGACUCAGGAAACUGCACUAUGGGAGCUGGUAAGCAGACCACUACCUCCCCUGCCAGAGGGUCGGGUGGAGAAUCAUUAUUUCUUUACAAAUUGUACCCACAUUUUCAAAAAAAGAGCAGUUUCCUCAGCCCCUGGGCUCUAUUUCCGGUCUCCCCGGCCAUCGUUAUCACGACCGCCGGCCACCGGUUCUCUUUGGCAGGUACGGCGCCCUGGAACCAGACCUCCCGCUUCCACAUGCCCAGCCGUGGCACAAGCCCGCCCCCGAGCCAACGGUCUUCCUCCCCUGUCCCAGGCUGUUCCGGGAGCGGUGACAUGGAGCCAGGUAAGUGCUUCGAUGUCUCUGGACUCAGCACCCCGGGCUCGCCCCGUCGCGAGGCCCCGCCCGCUGGUACGUCCAACGCUGUAGUCCCCCUCGCACAGAGCUUGGCGUGGCUUGGACGUGGCUCGCGCUCCCCAACACGUCGUGUUGGUUGAUCAGGGCCUUCCCUGCCUUGUGUGUGGAGAUCGCCCCCCCUUCUAUGGAAGGGCUUGAUAGAGCCUGUCCCCCUAGCUGAGGUGAAGAAGGGGUUUUACAGUCCCUACUUCAUCGUACCCCAAUAAAAGUACCUCAACAGAACAGUGGACGCACUGUUGCGGCAGGUUACGACCAGGGGAGAGUGGAGGCUCCACCCUCAGGCAGUCCAGCUGAUCUGGAGUUGAUUCGGCCAAGCAUAGGUAGACCUGUUCGCUUCCCCAGAAUCCUCCCAUUGCCCACUAUGGUACUCCCUGACCGAGGCUCCCCUCGGCACAGAUGCCUUGGCACACAGCUGGCCCCUGGGGCUGCGCAAGUAUGCAUUUCCCCAGUGAGCCUACUUGCACAGACGUUGUGCAAAGUCAGGGAGGAUGGGGAGCAGGUCCUCUUAGUGGCCCCUUAUUGGCCCUCCCGGAUUUUGUUCUCGGACCUCAUGCUCCUCGCGACAGCCCCUGAGUAAGGAUCUUCUUUCUCAGGGACAGGGCACCAUCUGGCACCCGCGACCAGACCUCUGGAAUCUCCAUGUCUGGCCCUUGGACGGGACGCGGAAGACUUAGGUGGCCUACCACCCGCGGUGAUGGCCACCAUGCUUUCCUUUCUGCAGGAAAAGUUGGAGGGAUGGCUGUCCCCCUCCACCUUGAAAGUGUAUGUAGCCGCCAUAUCCUUGGGCAGAGGGCCCUCUAUCCUUGGUUGCCGUGUUUGUUUGAGACAUUGUGUCCCUCCUGCCACAACACUGAACCAACCACUGAAAUGGCCGGGUCUUUGGCUCGGCUCCUCAGUGUGAUACCUGAUGUGUGUUUGCAGCGUCGUUCCUUUUAUACCCAUAUGUCCGGGGGAGUGGCAUGCAAAUUCCACACGCCAGGCACUUUUCUUAAGAUCAGAGAUGUCUGGGCUCUGCAGGAGCGACCCCUGGUGUCAACUCAUCGACAUAACGUCUCGUUCCCUCCAUGAGGGAACAGAGGUUACAUUAGUAACCGAGACGAUUUAUUUGAGGGAUAAAACAAGACCAUUUUGAAUGUUAAAAACGAAAUGCGGCAGAUAUAAUUAUUUGCUGCACUGAUGAGGCAGAUAUGAAUGAAGAACAUAAUAAAAGUCAUUACAGUAAAGAUUUUUAUUUGAAUAAUUUUUUUAUUUUUGGGCUAGUCAUGGAAGUAUAGGCAUCACAUAUUGUCCAUUCUAAAUGAUACAUAAUCUCUGUCUUUUGGUAAGAUGACUUGUUGAGCCAUUUCUCUGUUAUUGAACUCAUCAUCAUGUCUAGUCUUUUGAUAAUAUUUUAAUUUGAGCAAAAUGAGGUUGGCUGA